AUGACGUCCACAACUAUAACUACAACUUCUAUUCCAAAUGAAGAACAAUUAAAAAAGAUCUUAGAAUCACAACAUCAAAAACUUGAAACUCUUCAAAAAUCAUUAGAGUCUCAAAAACGUAUCGUUAGAAUUCAGCUGAGUGCAUAUUCAAGUUUAAAAGAUUCCCUUGAUUUUAUCAAACUGGAGCUUUCUCAUAUUAAAACGCAUAAUAAAUAUGGUUUUACUAUUAAUAAAUUAAUAUGGAGCAGUAAGCCUCCACCAGAAUAUACAGAACAUCAUCUGCCAUCUAUUCAUUUGCUAUUCAAUAUCAAAAAGAAUUCAUCCAAGAAGGCUGCAAGAAAAAUUCGAGGUACUAUAAAGUGCAAAAGUGAAUCCAUGGAAAGAAUUCGACUUGAAAUGUUCGACGAGCUUUUUCAGUGGCAUAUAAAAUCACCGGAUCGUCAAAAAGUUGAAUUCAUGGAUAAAACACUUGCAGAAAUUGAAAAUGAUUUAAAUAUUUUAACUAAAACUGAUUCAAAAUAUUCUGAAAAGCUUUCAAGAUUAAUAAAUCAAGGUCAACCUCCUCCAAAAUAUUUUUUGGUUGCAGGAGGAAAACAUAAUGUUUUAGUUCUGAGAUAG